ACCGAAGCGCCAGGUUCUCUCAAAGCUCUACGCGAAACCGGCGUUAAGGCGCGUGCCACACUCGAGCUCAGUGACUAAAACGAUAAAGAUGUAUAGGUUCACACGAUCCACCAUGAUGAUGCCCAUGAUGAACUAUGGCAUGGGAAUGGCCCCUUUCUUCAAGGUGACUGUAUUUGAGCAGGAACACUUCCAGGGAAAAUGUCAGGAAUUCACUUCAGAAUGCUGCAACAUCCAGGAGUGUGGCUUCGACAACAUCCGUUCUAUUCGCGUUGAGAGUGGCGCCUGGGUGGGUUAUGAGCACCACGACUUCCAGGGACAGCAGUUCAUCCUGGAGAGAGGAGAGUAUCCUCACUGGGAUGCCUACAGUGGAAACCUGUCCUACCAUGUGGAGAGACUCAUGUCUUUUAGACCUGUUUACUGUGCUUCCCACCAGAGCAGUCGCAUGACCAUCUUCGAGAGGGAGAACUUCCUGGGCCGCAGUGUGGAGCUGUGUGAUGACUACCCCUCUCUGCAGGCCAUGGGAUGGUGUGGUCCUGAAGUGGGCUCCAUGCAUGUGCAGUGUGGCGCUUUUGUGUGUUACGAGUUCCCAGGAUACAGGGGAAGGCAGUACAUCAUGGAGUGUGAGAGGCACAGCGGAGACUUUCAGCACUGGAGAAACUGGGGUUCCCACAGCCAGACCCCUCAGAUCCAGUCCAUCCGCAGAAUCCAGCACUAAGAGCUCAGGCUCACCGGGGGACACUUCACUGAUCACCCUGCCGCCCGACAAACACACUUUACACAUACACACACUCACACUGUUUUUCCUAAUGAGUGUCUUUUUAUUGCUAGGAACACACAUAUCUACACGGCACACAUACCAUCAUAUAUUACAUGAGGGUGCCAAACAUGUUUCUGACUAUGACUAAUGUCAGGUGCUAAACAACACCCUCCCGAGGUGCUCAACACAACCAAUGCAAACCGAAGCUAAGUUAGGCUGAGAGCUCAGAACAAAAACAUCAGACAAAUAAAUACUUAAUAAAUAAAUUUGUGUUCACUUCAGCGACUUGGUUCUGUGCAGUUAUUGUGUGUCAGGAUGUGGUAUACAGUGUACACAGAGUACAUUCAUUUCAUUGGAACCAAUCCAUAAUCCAAUGUAUUAAAAAUAAUGACAUUUAAUGACUAGUUUAAGAUAUAUAUUACACAUGAAUUUUUUCUUAAAUUCAUAAUAAACCACUG